AUGAAUUUGAUCUCGACUUGUUUGGCGAUUGAACGACAUUUGAACGACCAAACAAUUGAUGAUGCAGAAACAGCUGAAAUCGAUUACUUAGAUGAAGACGUAGCCUAUAUUUUUGAUUUGAUAAGAUUUGCUGGUGAAGCAGUAUCUCGAGCUUCUAGAGCACGUCGUGAUAAAGCUUGUGAAGGAGAUGAAGGAAUUCAUUUAGAUUGGCUUUUUAAUCAUGAAUUAGGAGCAAAAGAAUCUUGGAACCAUGAAUUUUCUCUCUGCGAAAGAGCUGGUUCAGUAAUCGAUAAUACAAUGAAAAUUUUUUCUAAUACACUUAAGUUAUUGAUGCCUGGUCUUUAUGUUUCCACUGAUUUGGCCGAGUUAGAAAUUCCUACCGAUUAUGUGAACUUGAUAAAAUUUCAAAGGUUGUAUAUAUAG